GGUAUUGGACACCAGUAGUUGAUUCUAGUGCAUCAACAUGUUCAAAUUUGUAAUUCUGUUAUCGGCUCUUGCCUGUGCCUUGGGCGCCACCAUACCUGAUGGUAUGUUGCCCCAAUUGGAUGGACGUAUUGUGGGCGGUGUUGCCACCACCAUCAACUCCUUCCCCUGGCAAAUUUCAUUGCAACGUUCCGGCUCUCACUCCUGUGGUGGUUCUGUGUACUCUGCCAAGAUCAUUGUUACCGCUGCUCAUUGCUUGCAAUCGGUGUCCGCUUCGGUGUUGAAGGUUCGUGCUGGCUCCACCUAUUGGAACUCUGGUGGUACCUUGGUUUCUGUUGCCGCCUUCAAGAACCAUGAAGGUUACAACUCCAAGACCAUGGUUAACGAUAUUGCCGUCAUCCGCCUGUCCUCCUCCUUGACUAUGAGCUCCACCAUUAAGGCUAUUGGUUUGGCUACUGUGGCUCCGGCUAAUGGUGCUUCUGCCUCGGUGUCUGGUUGGGGUACCCAAUCGUAUGGCUCCUCCUCCAUUCCCACCCAAUUGCGUUAUGUCGAUGUCAAGAUUGUUGGUACCACCCAAUGUGCCUCAUCUUCGUAUGGUUAUGGUUCGGAAAUUAAGUCCAGCAUGAUCUGUGCCUACACUGUUGGUAAGGAUGCUUGCCAAGGUGAUUCCGGCGGCCCAUUGGUUUCUGGUGGUGUCUUGGUUGGUGUUGUCUCAUGGGGUUAUGGCUGUGCCUACACCAACUAUCCUGGUGUCUAUGCCGAUGUUGCUGUCCUCCGCUCCUGGGUUGUCAAUGCUGCCAACUCUGUUUAAAUUACGAUAUGAAUAAAGAAAUACGAUCAGAUACUUUAA